CAUGAAGUAUCCCUCUCUUCCUUGUCAGUCAGUCUAAUUUUCUCGAUCCGACACAGACGUCACGGAAAGACAUGAAUCCAUUAAGUCUCCCGGUAGUCGUGGUACUACUUGCGGUGGGGUUCGCUCAGCUCAACGUUCUGCAGCCCGAGUGCGACUCACCCGAGGCCGAAGAGGCUGCGCUGGCGGCUCAAGACUAUCUCAACGCCCAGCAUUCUCACGGCUACAAAUAUGCACUGAACAGGAUUGAGGACAUCAAGAUUGUUACUAAGCCCGAUGGAGACAAGGCAUAUGUGGUGGAAGUGGACUUGCUGGAGACGGACUGUCACGUGUUGGACCCCACGCCGGUUGCUAACUGCACGGUCCGACCCAAAGUAUUGACGGCAGUGGAAGGAGACUGUGACGUGGUGCUGGAAAGAGUUGGAGGGAAGUUGACCGUCAAAGCCUUCAAGUGUAAGACAGAAGAGUCAACAGAAGACCUCUGUAUGGGCUGUCCCAGUCUACUUCCCCUGAACCACACAACAGCCCUGGACUUUGUCCGGGCCUCUCUGGCAACCUUCAACAACUUCACAGUUAACACGACAUAUGCUCUUCUUGAGGUCGGAAGGAUGUCGACACAGAUUGUUUCUGGAGGACCGCAGUAUUUUGCAGAGUACGUUGUCGCUGAGGCUAACUGCACCAACGAUGUAUGCGCACCCCUGACUGAUGGCAUCGUUACACGUGGCAUUUGCUCUGCCAAAGGCGUGAGUGCUACCCACACCGUUAACUGCAAGACGUUUCCCGUGAUGGUGGCUCCUCGGCAAGAUGCCAACAGCACUGCUGUGCCCAGUUGGUCCCCAGCUGUCCAUGCACACACACACGGUCUCUCCAGAAAGCAUGGUCUGAGACACCACAAACUGACUUCUCACCACGACCCCCACGUUACCGGACUUCUGUCGGUGUCAUCGGAGUCUGACGAAGUGGUGCCGGUGGUGGCGUUAAACGGCACAGCUGCACCAGUUGCCUCGACUCUAGCUGGUGACACUUCCUCGGCCAGCGUUGAAGUUCCAGUCGCCAUGGUUAAGAGAGAUUUAUCGGCUUCUGCAGAUACUACGGUUCCCAACGUCGUGGCAACAGAGCCCGUUCUUCUCAUGCCCCGGUGCCCAGGAAGGGUCCGAUUCUUUUGAGUGUCCCUACGCGUCACAGACUGUUUUCAUAAAACCUGGGUUCAUUCUGAAACACUGUCCUAAUAGUUCAUUUAUUUGGAAAUGUGUAGAUUAAGCCCUCAUAAUAAAUAAAAUGAAACUUUAAAAAAAAAAAAA